UUUUCGUAUGUUUUUCGAGAUACCCUGUUAAAUUGCCCGUAUGACUCGAACACAAAUUGCCACGCCCCGCUGUGGGUCCAUUACCAAAUUGGUGGUCAGCAUCGGCAGCGGCGAAACCUUUAUUACUUAUGCAGAUGCCACAACCCGAUCCUUCUACGCAAACCCCUCUUGGUUGAUCUUCCAAAAUGGUAUGGUGGAUUUAGGCCCAAUAACAAAACCCAAGACAGAUGACUAUCCCAAGAAGGUCUCUGCCUUCCUGGAGCGACAUUUCGGCAGGAACCCCCAAGUCAGCACUUUGAAAGCAACUCAACAGCGUCUUGCGUCCCUGCAAUUGAAUGCUUUGGUUGCCCAAAGUGAAGUGAAUUUCCAGGACAGAGAGGCUCCUAUUUGGCACACCUGGCUGGUGGAGAAGAUACAGUUUCCGCCAACUCAGUGUGCGGUCAUCAGAGAAUGGAAAGAUCCCUUCACGGAAACUCUGGCGAGUUGCUAUUGCUCCUGGCACUUGGAAAACUGCAUGGCCUGGCAGAUGAUUAUAGGCAAUAAAAGAGCGGAGGCCAAGUGCUUCUGUCUGCGAAUCAAGAAAAUCAUGGAUAUUGCCAACAAUCUCGUUAACCCGGAACUGGAGCAGAACGCACCAGCGGAGGAUGGUUCUCCUUUGGUUUCUGUGUCAUCCGAGAAGGUGUUGGAUGCCACUGAUCUGCUCAAGCAACUGAACAAACUCCUCGAGCUCCAGGAAAAACGCAACCGACAAUACAAACGCCUGUUAAAAGUGUUAAAAGACCGCGAUUUGGGUGCUGACCCCUUGAUGUCUGCAUAGAUUUGAUUUAUUUUAUUAAAACAUUUCUGUCGAAUUUUCAUAGUA